AUGUUUGAGCCUCGGAACCGCGGGCUGCGGACCGAACAAUGCACGUGCACGCGGAGGAGCGCUGUGCACGCGGGGGACGCGCAGGAGACUGUUGGACACAUGUUUGAGGUGCGCGCUCUGAGGAUAAUGGACACUCACAUUUACAUCCUCUCUGUAAUGGGCGCGCGGCUCACGCUGUUUGCGCGGCUCCUGUGGCUCCUGCGGCUCACUGAAGUUGGCCUGUACCAGCAGCAGCUCAUAUAG